GUAAGGCUCACGAGCUCGGGUGUCCCUUGGAUACAAAGUCUCCAGUCACGACUGGGCUGAGUACUUUGCCCUCAACUUUCAAGGGGAACUCCUUCAAGAUGAAGGCGCAACCACCGGUGGACCGUAAGGACACUGAGUUGGGAAGCGCACUUGGAGGUGACCACCCGGAAAGGGGGCCAAUGACACGUGGGCAGUCCAUUGUCUCGGAUAGAGGCAGGGACCCUGGUCUGAUGUGUGGAGCCUGGUCCCACCUUAGCAGUCCGGGGCCUCGUGAUGAUGCCACAAGCGGGUUAGUGGCAGCAGGUGCCUGGGCCGCCAGACUCGAGGUGGCAAACUUGCUGGAGAGCGGCUGUCCUCCAGAGCAGUUGCUGGCACUCAUCAGGAGAGGUGAGGAGAGUGACAUCCCUCUGAACCUUGACUGGGAUGCCAAGGAGACGAGAGGCCACAGUGACAGAGACGCCGACCUGCGAUCGAACGCUUCCUUAGCCGAAUGCACCGCCUCUGAGAGAUUUAGGUCUCCUCGACACCCAUCCAAAGGGGCAUCAGCUGUCGAUAGCACACGAGAGCUUGGUGACCUCUUUGAGGGCGAAAGCAUGGAGGAUAUCGUCGCGGAGCAAGCGGCCAUCUUGUCCGAAAUAGCCAAGAGCAAGAACGAUCCGCCUUGGAUGACGGCAGGCCCCUCCGAGGUGGGAGGUGCCAACGCAAGCAGCAAGGGCGCUCGAGGGAAUACCGUCCUCCAGAUGGCCGCUACAGAGCCUACGUUCCGGAAGAAAUCGGCUCCACCUCCGGAAGGCCUCAAGGCAGCCGCGAAGGAAGGGCCAAAGAGGAUCUAUGAGCCUGAAAUGGACUCCGAAGAGCUACCAUCCUUCAGAAGGAAGGCAAUGCCGCCGCCGCCAGGGGUGGUGCCAGAGCCUACAAAAGGUCUUGAAGUUGGCAUCACCAUGGACCUGGAGAAGUACGUACGCGUGCAAAAAGGGAUAGACAAGGAGAAGUUCAUGUUGCACGCGUCUCCGAAUAGAGCUUCGACUGGCCUGAGGUAUGUGAGGGUGAUGAAAGGGAUAGUUGAAUGGAUUGAGUCAUUCGAUCCAGUCCCUAAAGACGACAAGCUGCCUCCGCUCGAGAGGCUGAGGCUGGUGGAGUACAUUGAGCUCCUGGUGCAAAAAGGUGUAGGCUAUAACACGCCUCAGACGCUCCUGUUCGCCAUUGACUACUUCAGCAAGGCGUUUGAGUUCGACCCCACAGGGAAGGAAUGGAACCGCGCUAAGAGGCUGGCCGUCAAGUACAAGAAGUCGAAACCAGGGCUAGCCAGCAGAGCUCCUCUGUUUGGGAAGGCCACCUUGGCAGCUCUGGAGAUGAUAGUCCUUGACGACUUCUCCAGCGUCCCCCAGAGGAUUGCGGCCGGCAAGCUCAGACUUUGCUGCCAAGCAUCCAUCCGCUACGAUGAUCUGGUCCACACCCCGCUGAAGAGCCUGGAAUGGGUCAGGCGUCGCGGAGGGACAAAGGUCGUCGGGGUGAGGGCGAAGACGACCCAGGGGAAGAACAAAGCUCGCCCCUGGGUGGCGUCCCUGAUGGCGGUUAGCCCAGACAGGGACAGCUGGCUAGCGGUGCUCGUGGACAUGGUGUUGGUCGUACAUGGAAUGUUCUGGAUGGAAGACGACCACUUCGGGAAGGAGACCACCCGAGACGGAGAGGGCUUUACCAGGCUUCCCGCAAGGCUGGAGACCGACGUCUUCAUGGUCAAGGAGGCGCUCAAGGCGUUCAAGAGCAGCGGAGGAGCCACCUUGACCACACUGAUGCAGCACCUUGAGCUGGAUCCCAAGAUGAUCAGACUGGCUGGUGAUUGGUCCGCAAAGGAAGACACCAUGUUCACUCUCAAUAAGCUUGGGAAAGCGCUGCAAAACCCUGGCGCCACCUAUGAUGUGCUGAGCUGGGAGUCCUUCAUUUCCAAGGAAGAAGAGGACAAGCUUACCAGGGAGGGCAAGCUGCCCAAGCAUGGCCAGACCGAGCUCAUCCUGGGCAAGGACUCCAAGGUGGUGGCUCGAGAUCGCAUGGACGAAUCCUGUGCCGGAGUUUCAAAGGUGAACGAGAUGGAGACUCUUCGAGCCCGCCUCGACCUUAGAGCCCGGGCUGCCGAAAUGAUCGACGUGGCGAGGUAUACCACCAUGAGAUCCUUGUCUGACCGUGACUAUUCCAAGCUGAACACAAGCUUGGCGGAGGGCAUGAGGGCACCCACCCUGAACGAGCUUCGCCGCUUCGACAGGGAGUUGCAGGUGACAAUCUUCAGGCAUCUGAGCCGAGGUCAGGGAAACCUUGAGGAUGCCAUCCAAUACUAUGUGGAGAACGACGGAGAUACUCUGUGGCGAUUGCUGGACCCGGCCGCCUCUUCCAAGCCCAUGACAAUGUGUCUGAUGUGCAAAAAGAAGCACUUGCCGUUGUGCCCUUUGCCAGAUGAUUUCAGGCAGAAGCAGAGAGAUAAGAAGAAGGCCAAGAGGGCCGAGAAGAGCGAGUCCCAUCCUUGCGGCAUCCCUUCAGAGCUGGAGGGCAUGUCCAAGAGGGGGCGAAAGCGCCUGAUUGAUGACACCGAGAUGGCCGACCUGUCGGCAAACCGGUGUUGGGAAAGGGCCGUACUUCAGUUCCAAACCGGCGACGAGAGAGAGUACCCAGUCGGGUUUUGCAAGGAGUACGCGAAGGCGGCUGGACUGGUUUUGGGGUCCGGAGGGUCUUUUUUGGAGGUCUUCUCAGGCCCAAAUGCACCACUGAGCGUGGAGGUAGGAGCCUUGUUAGGUGCCCCGGUUCCAGGGUACAAGCUGGAGAACAAGGGGAAAGGCGACAAAGUCGAGCUCCAAAACCUGUCGCAGCUGUUGGGCUCACAUCCGCUUGUGAGUCAGCAAGCGAGUAGCUUCAGUGCCAGGGCCGCGCCUACGAUCUCUGUACAGGAGUCAUUUUACAGAGACGCAGCAUUGAAUGCAGCAAGGCAGCCAGGCUACGGUAAAAGGACGCAGCUGAUCCAAGACGGCUUGCAGGAUCCAUCGAAACACAUGGAGGAAGCUUUGAAACUGAGUCACCCGUUCACUUUGGAGAACGUCCUCAAGCCCGACCACAGGGAGGCACUUGACAGUAUGCCAGCACUUGAAACGAACGCCCUGCGAGAUCGGAUGAAAACCCUGGCGGAAUGGAAGGUUUUGGCAACUUCGAGUGCGACGGCCGCUCUUCAAUCUGAACACGAGAAGCUGGCCUGCGAGUGUGCCGUCAGGUUGGGCCGCAAGUCCGCAAGCCAAGGAGGAGCUGAGAUGGCAAAGGCAAUUUGGCAGAAGACUAUGAAAGAGGUGAAAGCCGGGACAAUGUCGGGGCCAUACACCUUGGAAGAGAUGGAGAAGAAGCAUGGCAGGACUCAGCAGAUCCAGAUGGCCAUGGUGGAUUACCUCAUGUCAAUGGUUGCCGCUAUGGGGAAGGCCUUCAAUGGUGCCCUGUGGAUUGGCACCGAAGACAUGGCAGGCGCAUACCGCCAAGUCCCGCUGACCGACAGUCAGGUCAGGAUUUCUGUUACCGCAGUGUACAAUCCAGAGUCUGAAUCAGUCGAGCUGUUCGAGAUCUAUGGCCAGCCGUUUGGUGCAGCACACGCCGUACCGAAUUUCUACCGUGUAGCCGAAUGGGCAUGCAGACUCAUGAUCAGGGCCUUCACCGCCAUUAUUGAUCACUUCUUUGACGACUACUUCGCCGUCCUUCGGCCAGGAGAAGCCGAGUGCACUAUGUUCUGCAUUAAAGAAGCCUUCAAGCUGAUAGGCUUGGUGCUCGACGACGAGAAGUCACAGCCCCCAGGGGAUUUUUCCAUGGUCCUGGGAGUAGGCAGAUGUUGCACCGGGGCCGUUAGAGCUCGCCAAUAUGGCCAUCCUAACGAGACACACCUCACAGCCGAGAUCUGCACAUCGCUCCAGCUUAUGAAGCUUUUCACGACCACUGCGCCCAAGAGAGAAUUGAAGCUGUAUGAUCGUGAACGACCACUCAUUCUUUACACGGACGCCUCUGAUGUACCCAAUAGAACCGAAGGUCGUUGGGUUGUAGGAGCUGUGUUGAUCGAUCCGGAUACCAUGACGAUUUCCUACACAUCAUGGAUUGUACCGGAAACUGUUGUCAACACCUGGCUUCCGAAACAGACUUACAUGAAUCAGCUGGAGCUCUUUGCUUGUCCCUUGGCUCUCAACACCUGGUCUCAAGUUCUUCACGAUAGACAAGUCCUGCUCUUCAUCGACAACGAUGCUGCCGCAGCGUCCCUUGUGCGAGGCUACAGCCCCCGCCAAGACAGCUGCGCACUGGUGGGAGAUUUCUGGUUA